AUGGUUAGUCAAGAUCUGUUAAAGGUAACGAUUACUCUGGUUGCACUUGGCUUUAUUUUAGUUGAAACUGUACCACUUCCGUCACCACAAUGUCGAUCUUGUGUAACUGGGCCGUGUAAUAAUACAAUAGAUGACUUCGAGAAUAGUACCGCUGCUUUAACAAAUCGAGCAAAACGUGAAUCGUCAGUUGAAUAUCGAAGUUGCAAUCAAUUGGAAGCACAAUUUCAACUAGAAAUUGUGCUAAUUCCGCUUGCAAUUGCAAUGAUCCCUGUUGGUCUUUUGGCAUUAUUACUUUGCGUCUUCUGUUGCGGGCCUAAAGAAUCUCGAGGUAAAAUGCCAGAAAAAUUUUCUUCAAAAAAGAAAAGCGCUGAACAGGCCAGUGAUCCCAAUGAAAUUGACGGUAUUGAAUUGGUCUGUAAAGAUGGUAUUGUUAUGCGAAAGGACAGCACAAAAACGCGUUUUAGUACAGCCAUAUAUUUUAUUGAAUCAAGACGUGUAAGUAUCGAUAUUAUUGACGAUACCGGAUCCAUAAUAUCUGUACAACCGGCCAGUAAUGAUGAUGAUAACGAUUCCGGUUCAGAAAAUACAGCAAUGGUAUCAACAGCAGCAGCAGCAGCAGCAGCAACAGCAGCAACAGCAACAGCAGCAGUAACAACAGCAACGGUUUCAAAUUUUUCAACUAACGUUGCUGAUACCGGCAACGAUAGUCGAUUGACAGAUCAAGCUAAUGGUUAG